AAGCAGCAAACAAGUCACGACAAGGUGAAAAUUAUAGAUGGAUCAGUCGAGUAGGAUUCAUGAGUUCUUGGAAGAGAAAAUCAAGAAAACUCCAAACGUAUAUAGAGAAUACAGGGUUAGCUCAAAUCGAUGAGGCUGAGUUUGCUGCGUUUUUGUGGAGCUGUGAAUUGUUGUUCCCUAUUUUUUUAAAGUGGAAUUCAUCAUUGCUGAUUUGCUUUAAGAAUACUCUUAAACAGCACUUGGGGGGACGACUCAUGCUGUGCUCAAGAGUUGAUGUGGCAGAGCAUGCU